CGGAGACGACGCAGAACCAUAUUUAUUUUGGUUUGGAAAUUAGUCCGCAGGAGCCGUGUGCGUGUGCACGCGUAUGAGUGUGUGUGUGCCUGUGUGUGUGCGUGCGUGUGUGUGUGUGCGGAGUGCGCGUAUCGUCGGGCCGUGCGUUUCGCACCGAUUCGGGUGGUCGAAUUUCAAAGUGCUUGCUUAUCGGAGAUCAAGAACUGAGAAAAAAAAAUGACCCGUGGAAAUCAACGUGAGCUAGCACGAGCCAAGAAUUUGAAGAAAACCGUGAAGAAGGCAGCGGCCGAACAAGACAGCAAUAAAGGACUUUCCUUGGAACAACGUAAAGCACGCGACGCGGAACGAAUGAGAGAAAAGCAGCAGCAGAAGAAGCCGCAAGGUGAACAAGGGGACAAGUCUAAGCAGGCGGCGAGAUAAUUAAGCGCGGAGAAAGUGUAUGAGUUUUCACGACGAGAAACGGCUAUACCGCAUCCAAUGGCUACGCUAAAAGGAUCUGCGUUUAUGAGGAGCACAGGGGUCGAUGCUUAUAUUGGGGACGGAAAGAGUAAUCACCAUAUUUUCAAUGUUAGAGAAUUUUUCCAUUGUCGGCCGUACGCAGGUGUGUCGACCAUAUGACAUGCUUCAGGACCUAGCCUCGAUUAUCUUGUUAUUUACACGUUGCUCACGGAAACAGUUAUAAUCAGUGUGUACAAAACUUGACGUUACCUACACCUAAAUUCAGUCAAAGGGAACACGCGUUUGACUGGUUUCUCUAGGUAUAAGGAUAUUAAAUAAUACGAGAUAUAUUUGUAGUACUAAUUUCCAAUCUGUAAAUUCUCUCUCAGACUUUCACUUAUUUAAUAUGUUGUGUAAUUAAAUGUGUGACAAGCGGACGAGCAUUAGACACGCAUGUGCUACUAUCGUUCCCUCUCGCUUGUAAUAAACUGUUCAAAUUUUAACGAAGAAAAAAAAAGUAUGCACUCAGACCCUUUCGUCCUGUCCCGAGCGCUGCAGUGUCGCUUUACCGCGACACACCAUAGCAAUUGUUUUAUAACAGUUCGAUUAAUGAUUCUACUAUUAAAGAUACAAAUUAUUAAACGGUGACAGAGAGAAAA